AGCCUUGAGCCACCCCACGUCCUCCUCUCCGGUUCCCUCUGGUCGACGGCAAGCAGGCGGGAGGGCGCCGAGCUGCUGAGGCCAUGCCACUGAAACAUUAUCUCCUUUUGCUGGUGGGCUGCCAGGCCUGGGCUGCGGGCUUGGCCUUCUAUGGCUGCCCGAGCGAGUGCACCUGCUCCAGGGCCUCCCAGGUGGAAUGCACGGGGGCGCGCAUCGUGGUGGUUCCCACCCCGCUGCCCUGGAAUGCCAUGAGCCUGCAGAUCCUCAACACACACAUCACUGAACUCAAUGAGUCCCCCUUCCUCAACAUCUCAGCCCUGAUCGCGCUGCGGAUUGAGAAGAACGAGCUGGCCCACAUUGCUCCCGGUGCCUUCCGUAGCCUCGGCUCGCUGCGCUACCUCAGCCUUGCCAACAACAAGCUCCAGAUCCUGCCUGUUGGCCUCUUCCAGGGCCUGGAUAACCUCGAGUCGCUCCUGCUGUCCAGCAACCAGUUGGUGCAGAUCCAGCCGGCCCACUUCACCCACUUCAGCAACCUCAAGGAGCUGCAGCUUCACGGCAACCACUUGGAGUACAUCCCUGAUGGGGUCUUCGACCACAUGGUGGGCCUCACCAAGCUCAAUCUGGGCAAGAACAGCCUCACUCACCUCUCACCCCGGGUCUUCCAGCACCUGCGCAACCUCCAGGUCCUCCGGCUGUAUGAGAACAGGCUCUCAGACAUCCCCAUGGGCUGUUUUGAUGGGCUCAGCAACCUCCAAGAGCUGGCCCUGCAGCAGAACCAGAUUGGAGUGCUGUCCCCUGGCCUCUUCCACAACAACCGUAACCUUCAGAAGCUCUACCUGUCCAACAACCACAUCUCCCAGCUGCCCCCCGGCAUCUUCCUGCAGCUGCCCCAGCUCAACCGGCUCACGCUCUUUGGGAAUUCCCUGAAGGAGCUCUCUCCCGGCAUCUUUGGACCCAUGCACAACCUGCGGGAGCUGUGGCUCUAUGACAACCAUAUCACCUCCCUCCCCGAUAAUGUCUUCAGCAACCUCCGCCAGCUGCAGGUCCUGAUCCUCAGCCGCAACCAGAUCAGCUACAUUUCCCCGGAUGCCUUCAAUGGGCUGGUGGAGCUGCGGGAGCUGUCCCUCCACACCAAUGCACUGCAGGAGCUGGAUGGAAGCAUCUUCCGCAUGUUGGCCAACCUGCAGAACAUCUCCCUGCAGAACAACCGCCUUCGGCAGCUCCCUGGAAACCUCUUCGCCAAUGUCAAUGACCUGUUGACCAUCCAGCUGCAGAACAACCAGCUGGAGAACCUGCCCUUGGGCAUCUUUGAUCACCUGGGGAAGCUAUGUGAGCUGCGGCUCUACGACAACCCCUGGAGGUGUGACUCAGACAUCCUUCCGCUCCACAACUGGCUCCUGCUCAACAAGGCCAGGCUGGGGACAGACAGCCUCCCUGUGUGUUUCAGCCCAGCCAGUGUCCGUGGCCAGUCCCUCAUCAUCAUCAAUGUCAAUGUUGUUGUCCCCAGUGUCCAGGGCCCAGUCGUGCCCAGCUACCCAGAGACGCCGACAUACCCGGACACGUCCAGCCACCCUGACACGUCCAGCUACCCUGACACCACCUCCAUCUCCUCCACCACUGACUUCACCAGCCCCUCAGGGGACUACACCGAUCUGACCACCAUCAACACCACCAAGACACGUGACCAGGGGGGCAUGACCCCGGCCCAGAGUGGGCUGGCCAUUGCUGCCAUUGUCAUCGGCAUCAUUGCCCUGGCCUGUUCCCUGGCUGCCUGCAUCUGCUGUUGCUGCUGCAAGAAGAGGAGCCACGCGGUCCUGAUGCAGAUGAAGGCACCCAAUGAGUGUUAGAGAAGAAGGCUGGAGUAAGGGCUGGGGGACAGUGGGACCCCCAGAGGACCCGGGAUUUCACUGUGCUGCCUCCACCUCUGGGUCCACAGACCAUCCCCUGUCACUCUCUCUCGGGUCCCCUAGAGAAAGGCACCCCUACAUUUUCCUGACCUGCCUGGUUCUCCUGUAGACAAGGUUCUGGCAGAACCUUCUUACUACCAGGGAGGUCUAACCUGCCAUGGAAAAAAAUCCUGUAGUGGUCCCAAUUCACAUCCCUGGGCUUCUUUCAAGAAAGCCCCUUCUCUAAAGCUCACCAGCUCUCCUCCAAAACUUGCCUUCCCUGUGUCUGUGCCCCUGUGGGCCUCUGUAGACACAGUUAUCACACACCUGCCACUUUGUGGGAACAGUUCUCCACCGGGACAGCCCCUCUCCCAAGUAUUAUGUAAGUUGAUUCCCUUCUUUGCUCCUCUUGUUUGUGGCAUGGCUCCACCCUCUCCCCUCAAAUGAAAAGUCUCUCUUCAUUUCCUGCUCCUGAAGGCAAGGUGACUUUUCUCCUCAAAGGAGGCUUCAAACCUUUUAGCUGCUUUUUCAAGAACUGCCAAAUGCCCUGGCUUUCAGGAUGCUAUGAGAGAAAGGGAAAACUGAGGCUGCUCAGUUCCUGAAGGCAGAGCCAUCAUCAGUAUCUCUCUUGUGAUUUUUAUCUGGAAAAGGAAGAAAGGCACCAGUGCAACAAGUUUUGCCUCUUUAGAGAAUAUUUCUGAACUGCAAACUUUGCUUUGAAAAUUUUAGUCCUUUAAGGAAUAAAAUCAUGUAGAAGUUCUGACC